AUGUCUCAUUUGACCUCUGAGACCGAAGACUUCUCCAGCCUCCUGGAACUCGCGGCCAACAACGAUGUCAAGGGUUUCAAUCGCUUCGUCGAGCGGAGCCCGACGGCUGUCGACGAGAUUGGUCUCUGGUAUGGCCGCAAGAAGGGCUCCAAUCAGAUGGUGCUGGAGCAGCGGACUCCCUUAAUGGUUGCUGCGACAUACGGCAGCGUUGACGUCGUUAAGCUGAUUCUGUUGCUCUCCAUCGCCGACGUCAACCGUAGCUGCGGCUCCGACAACACGACGGCGCUCCACUGCGCGGCGUCCAGUGGGUCCAUCAACGCCGUUGACGUCGUGAAGCGGCUCUUGGCCGCGGGUGCCGAUCAGAAAGCCGUCGAUGUGAACGGUCGCCGGCCCUAUGAUGUGAUCGUCGUCUCUCCGCUCCACUCUGAUGUGAAGGUCACAUUGGAAGAUCUUCUGGGCAGUUUCCGUCAGAACAACCAUCUCCGCAUCUCCGUCAGCAGUUCGAGCUCCGAGUCGCCGCCGUUGUCGUCUUCCCUAGACGACGAUGGUGGAUCAGCGUCGUCGGAUUCAACUUCUUCACCCAAGACGGGCAAGUCCCCUGAUCUGGCCCCUUCUGCGGUCGCAGAGAAGAAAGAGUACCCAGUCGACGCGUCGCUUCCCGACAUCAAGAACAGCAUCUACUCCACAGAUGAGUUCCGCAUGUUCUCCUUCAAGGUCCGGCCUUGCUCUCGGGCGUACUCCCAUGACUGGACAGAGUGCCCCUUCGUGCAUCCCGGCGAGAACGCCCGGAGGCGUGAUCCCAGGAAGUAUCAUUACAGCUGCGUACCCUGCCCAGAUUUUCGCAAAGGCGCAUGCCGCAGGGGAGACCUUUGUGAGUACGCGCAUGGAGUUUUUGAGUGCUGGCUUCAUCCGGCGCAGUACAGAACAAGACUGUGCAAGGACGGGACGAGCUGCAGUAGGAGAGUCUGCUUCUUUGCCCACACGGCGGAGGAGCUCCGCCCGUUGUAUAUGUCCACUGGAUCUGCUGUGCCGUCACCAAGAUCGUCUUCUGCGGCUGCAUCGGCUAUGGAGAUGGCUGCUGCGGCAAUGAGCAUGCUUCCUGGGUCGCCGUCGUCUCUCUCGCUGAUGUCCAUGGCGGCUUUCACCCCGCCGAUCUCACCUUCGGCCGCGAACGGGAUCUCUCCUCACUCGUCUUUGGUGUGGCCGCAGUCGAACGUGCCCACGCUGAGCCUCCCCGGGAGCAGCAGGCUCCGUUCUUCUGUCAGUGCUAGGGACAUGCCAGUGGAUGACUUCACUGCGUCGCCGGAGUACGAUUCCCAGCAGCUGAUGAACGACUUUUCCGGUUAUUCCUCGACUCACUCCCGGCUGGGGUCCUUGAUGAGUAAUAUGCCGGGGAGGUCGAAGUCCAUGGCUCCGUCAAAUCUGGACGACCUCUUCUCUGCCGAGAUGGGUUCCUCACCGAGGUACGAUUCCGACCAGGGCGCCAUGUUCUCUCCCUCCCACGAAGCAGCUGUUUUGAAUCAGUUCCAGCAGCAUCAGCAUCAGGGUCUGCUCUCGCCCAUCAAUCCCAGCGUCUUCUCCCCGAAGUCAGUGGACUCCCCGUUCGCCGUCGGUCGCAGCAGCCUCCUUCAGGCAUCUUUAGCCAUGGUGUCGUCCGGCCGGAUGUCCCCUCGCAGCGUGGAGCCUCACUCUCCCAUGAGUGGCCGGCUGGCCGCCUUCGCCCAGCUCGAGAAGCAGCAGCAGCAACAGCAUCAGCUUAGGUCUCUCAGCUCAAGAGAUUUGGGCUCGGGUUCCCCUGCAAGCCCAUCCAUGUCCAUGUGGGGUUCUCCGGGGGGGAAGCUGGACUGGGGCGUGAAUAGCGACGAUCUAGGCCUUGGUAACAGCGUUUUCAGGCAGCCGCCAUCAUCCUCCUUCGAGCUUGGUUCUGGUGGGGAGGAGCCGGAUCUCUCAUGGGUGCAGUCACUGGUCAAGGAGUCGCCAUUAGAAGCCAAUGACGAGGCACCAGUGACCACGCCCGUUACCGUCGGCGACGACUCAACUAGCUCCAAUCUACAGGCGGAGGGUGUCGAUCAAACGGUGCUGGGUGCGUGGCUGGAGCAGAUGCAGCUCGACCAGCUGGUGGCGUUGUAA